AUCCGUUGUUUAUGCGUUUUGGCACUCUAUCUAUUUGUGUUUCAUUAUCUUUAAUUUCUCGUGCAGUGCUACCAUUGCAGCGUAAUACAUACUAAACAAAAAUGAGUGACGCCGAGAAGGAAUUCGUAGAGCGGGAGUCCCUUUCGACCUCUAGGAGCUCAAAUCCUAGAGGAUCUGCUAAGUCAGCCAGUCGCUCACCUGCUCGGUCGAAAGAGGCAUCCCACCACUCCAAGUCUCGCUCCAGGUCCAAGACUCGGUCCCGUUCCCAUCGGAGCUCUCGCCGACACUACAGUCGUUCCCGUUCUCAUUCUCGCCGGAGACGUUCACGCAGCCGCUCGUACAGCAGUGAAUAUCGUCCGCACCGCAGUCAAAGUCAUUCUCCUAUGUCCAACCGUAGACGACACCUUGGAGAUCGGGCAAACCCAGACCCAAACAGCUGCCUGGGAGUGUUUGGCCUGAGCCUGUACACCACAGAGAGAGACUUGAGGGAUGUCUUCUCCAAGUUUGGCCCUCUGAGUGAUGUCAGCAUUGUGUAUGACCAGCAGUCUCGACGCUCCAGGGGCUUUGCCUUUGUCUACUUUGAGAACAGAGAAGAUUCAAAAGAGGCUAAGGAGCGUGCAAAUGGUAUGGAACUAGAUGGCCGUAGAAUCAGAGUCGACUACUCGAUUACCAAGAGGCCACACACACCUACUCCAGGAAUAUACAUGGGCAGACCAACAUAUGGCGGAGGCCCGAGUGUAAGCCGUCGCCGUGAUUACUAUGAUCAAAGCUAUGAGCGUGGAUAUGAUCGAUAUGAUGACCGUGACUACUACAACAGCAGGUCAUACAGGAGAAGAUCUCCCUCUCCCUACUACGGCCGAGGACCGUAUAGGUCAAGAUCACGCUCUCGCUCCUACUCCCCUCGUCAUUACUGAAGUGAAGUUCGACUCCUUUCGCCAUCCCUGAAGAGGAUGUUGAUGACAAUGACAUUAUUGUUGACGUAGAUGUUGAUUUCUGGUGACAUAAGUUCGGAUGUACUUUAAAAUCAAUCCCUUUGAUUUCUUGCCUGAAGGUUUCACAUGUCUUUGAUUGAUCUGGAUAUUCCAGUAUGAGUAUUUGUGCACAGUUGGUUUUUGGUUUAGUUUUUUUCCGAUCUGAUGCUGAACUUGCGUUUAUUUUAUAUGAUAAAGUGUCCUGCUCACACCCUAUUAUGUUUUUAUGCGUUUUAAGCUUAGCAGUGGUCUUGCAAUAAACUGCUUUAUACCUCCCACCUGA